UGUCAUUUAUGUUAUGUUGAUGUUUACAUCUAGUUUUUCAAUUUGUUGAUAAAUUUUUCAAAAUAAAAUCUCAAAAAUGGACGUAGAUUUAGUGGAUUUAGUGCUAAUUCAAGAAUUAGUAACAUCUUCGUCAUCAUCUUCAUCCUCAUCAACAUCCUCCUCAUCUUCCUCGUCUUCUUCAUCAAGUUUUUCUUCUGACAAAAGUUUCUCGGAUACAUUUUCCGAUGAUGAUUUCUUCCAGCUUCAUCAAUUGUUUGAGAAAAAUGAAAGACAAUCAGUUAAAAAUUUUGUUGAUGAUGUUGUUGAUGAUUACACAGAUGAAGAGUUCCUACAACAUUUUCGAGUUUCAAGAAAAACUGCUAAAUAUUUAACUGAAGAAUUUGCCAAAUCAAAACACUUGAGACAAAGAAUUAAAUGUGGUGGACGGAAACCAAUUAGCGCUAAAAUUCAAUGUUUAUCAUUUUUAUGGUUUGCAGGAAACAAAUACACUUAUCGAGAAGUUGCACAAUUAUUUAAUUUAUCACUCUCAAGCGCGUACAGACAUCAAACAUCAUUUUUGGAGUUUUUAAUGGGAAUUUCAAAACAACACAUUAAAAUGCCAGAAACAAAUGAAGAAAAAGAAGCAAUUAGUUAUAAAUUUGCACAGAUUGCAGGAAUGCCCAAUGUCUUAGGCUGCAUCGAUGGCUGCUGUAUAUAUAUUCGAACACCAGCGCGAAAUGAUAAAUCAACUUUUCAAAAUGCCCAAGGAGAUUUUUCAAUAACCCUCCAAUCUAUAUGUGAUGCAGAUAAAAAAUUCCUAGAUGUAUUUGUUGGUGCUUCGAGUAAACUUCACAAUUCUCAAAUUUAUGAAAUGUCUGAAGUUUCCAAAGAAAUACCAAGAAUAUGUUCACAGCAAUAUCACAUCCUAGGCGAUGGAGCUUAUCCAUUAAGAGAAUUUUUACUUACCCCAUAUCGAGAAUUGGAAUAUGGCGAAUUAUCUUUUCAACAGAGAUUAUUUAACGAAGCACACCAUCAGACAAGACUGAAAAUUAAAGAUUCUUUUAGUUUGCUUAAAGCACGAUUCAGACAGCUAAGCCAUUUGGAUUUCUUUACUGUGUCAAGGAUGUCCAAGUUUGUUUUAGGAUGCUGUGUCCUACACAAUUUGUGUUUGGAAAAUGGAGAUCUUUUGAUUGAGGAAAUUGAAAACGACAAACCUGCGGAAAAUAAUACAUUUGAAGAAAAUCUAAAUGAACCUGAACCCUGUAAAGACCAACAGACAGUACUUGACAGCGUUUUGCUACAUAAAGGACAAAUAAAACGAAACAAUAUAACAGCAACUAUGUAAAAAAGUAAAGUUUUUAAAAAAUAAAA